AUGAACAAUCAACACCAACGUCAAUCUGCGAUCCCUAGAUCUAUACCUACACCACCGGAGCAAAACAUUGCGACCGAGUCCAAUCCUCCCACCACAAGCUUUGACGCCGCCCUGGCUACUAUUUCGAGAGAUGGCGCGUCUGCAUCACCACCAACUCCCACUUCCCUGAAUGGUGACGGUGUCGUACCAUCCCAUAAGAGCACACCUAUCUAUCAUGGACUCGCGCCACCUACGCUCCAUAACCUUCCUCAUGUUAGUCUCGGCCCAGUUGCGCAUCCCUCUGCGCAUCCCUCGUCCCUGGCUAGUGCGCUCAGAGCCCUGAAUGAGGGGCCUUGCGGAGGCGGCUUUCGCGAUUUCCCUGCGCCUUCGUCUAACGAUUCUCCUUACACAAAGAGUAUUUCGUCUACUGCUCCGGCAUCGCCUCGAAUUCCACCCCUGCGACAGAACUCGGGUUCCCAAACACCUCGCGUACGACCCCAUGCGACAACCCUCAGUAUUCCUGGUAUGACCCGAUCUCUUGUAUCGCCUGAUGGAAAAAUUGCCGAUCGAGAUGUCGCCGCGAAACUUGUCAUCAUUAUGGUUGGUCUCCCGGCUAGGGGAAAAUCGUACAUCACGAAGAAGCUUCGGAGGUAUCUCUCUUGGCAACAACACAACACUCGGAUCUUCAAUGUCGGAAACCGAAGACGUGUCGCCGCUGUAAGUUCGCCAACCAUGCAUCGUAAAGAUAGUUCCAUGGAUAUGCCAACUCCUACAACGACGAUUUUGGUUAACGGUGCUCAGCCACCAACUGAUUCCCCGGCUCGGAAAAGGUCGUCGCCUCAGGAUCGGGAUCAGGAUGACCCCGCCCCAACGCCCAUGGACCAAUCCGCUAAAUUUUUCGACCCCCACAACGAGCAAGCGUCGAAAUUGAGGGAGGAAAUCGCCAUUGACACAUUAAAUGAGCUACUAGAUUACUUGAUCAGUGGCGGAGGCUCGGUUGGAAUUCUCGAUGCUACAAACAGCACGAUUCACCGCAGACAGACACUUUUCGACCAUGUCAAAGCCAGAGAACCUCAACUAGGUAUUCUCUUUAUUGAGAGCGUCUGCAAGAAUCCUCAACUCCUGGAGGCCAACAUGCGCCUAAAGCUCUCCGGCCCUGAUUAUAAGGACAAAGAUCCUGUCAAGUCAUUGGCAGAUUUCAAGGAGCGCGUAAAGGCAUACGAAAAAGCAUAUGUCCCCUUAGGAGAUUAUGAAGAAGAGCAUGAGAUGCAAUACAUCAAGAUGACAGAUGUUGGCAAGAAACUUACACACUUCGGAUUGGGUGGGUUCCUCAGCAGUGGCAUUGCUAAUUAUCUAUCUUCCUUUAAUUUGUCGCCGAGACAAAUAUGGAUCACUCGCCAUGGCCAAUCUGCGGAUAACAAACUGGGCAAGAUUGGUGGCAAUUCCGAACUGACUGACCGCGGACACUAUUAUAGCCAAUGUCUGUAUAGAUUCGUCACAAAGAAGCGCAGUGAAUGGUUGGUAGAGCAGAAGGACAAGGUUGCUCAAGCAUCAUUCCCUCCUCUACCUGGAGACCAGUCGCCGCCUUACCCCGACCUGAACCGCGAGCUCGAAGAGAAGAAUUUCUGUGUGUGGACAUCGAUGUUGACACGUAGCAUACAGACGGCUGAGUACUUCGAAGCAGACGAAGAUUAUGACGUCAAAAACUGGGAAAUGCUCAACGAGCUCAAUGCUGGAAAGUUUGAGGGCUUGACAUACGAGGAAAUCGCCCGCACUCACACGGAUGAGUACAAGAAACGUAAAAUGGACAAGCUCCAGUACGUCUACCCCGGUGUUGGCGGUGAAGGCUAUCUCCAGGUCAUCAGUCGUCUUCGGGAUAUGGUGCGAGAGAUCGAGCGAAUCAAGGACCACAUCAUGAUCAUCGGGCACCGUUCCGUCUGUCGUGUUCUAAUGGCGUACUUCAUGGACCUCACCAGAGACGACAUCGCAGAUCUGGAUAUGCCCCUGGGUAUGCUCUACGCUAUCGAGCCCAAGCCGUACGGCAUCGAGUUCCACGCGUACAAGUACAACGAGGAACAGGGAUGGUUCGACGAAGUUCCUAACUAUAGACCCUCGAGAACGGUCGACCGCAGCGCCUAA